AUUUAAAGUGUCUGAAACAGAAAUAGUGUUAUACUUCUAUAAAUGAUGGAGCUGUGGUGACUGUGUGAGGACGGCACAGACUCAAUAACCAGGUUUAAUCCACAAAGUUGAUUAGGACAUGGGUUGAAGUGAAAUUUGUUAUAAUGACAAAGCCUGUGACUGUGUUGAGUGCCGUUGGGGGGCUAUUUAUAGCAGUUGGUGUAUAUUAUGGUGUUUUAUCAACUAUGAUCUAUAUAGGUGUUCAUGUUGCUAUAGCAGUAGUAGCCCUGUAUUUCGGAGCACAGUGGAGUUUGAUUCAAGGAAAGUCGUAUAAACCUCCAGUAGUACCGAAUCAAGUCAGCUAUACAAGUUGUCUUAUACAGAAAAUGAUGGAGCAGAAUGGUAAAACGGGUGAUGUUUCACGUAAACUUGUGAUAUCGAGGAAUAUAGAUAAUAUUAUUCAGGAAGUUUUAGAUCUGUGUACACAAGAUUUUAUAUUAACAUGGUAUACAGACAUCAGCUUGAAACAACAACCACUUAUAACAGCUGUACAGUCAGAAAUCUGGUUAACUAUUGGUGAAUUAAGUAGACGAUUAUCAAAGAUUGAUACAGUCACAGUUUUAACACAAGAUAUAGUUGAUAUACUUACAGAUCAUUUCAGAGAUGUCCGUCUCGCAUCUAAAAGACCCAAUAUGAAACCUGGUGAAGAGGUACCAAAAUUUCUUCUUCAUCCGUGGCUGGUAGAUGAGAAAUCUGAACUGGAUUUUUUACGUAAGGUUUGUGAAACGUUACUGGUGACUCUAUUACCUCAUCACUACGCAAAAAAUAAACAGAUACGCCAUCUAUUGAGAGAAAUUAUUACAUCAUCAACUCUAAAACCUGUGAUAGAUCUACUUUGUGAUCCAGACUACAUUAACCAAAAAUUAUUAGAUUACUUAAAAUAUCGGCAGAAAUUAUCUGAAGAUACACGUCGAACAUAUACCUAUGCACCCACGUAUGAAGAUUUCGUUAAAAUGAUCGCAGCAGGAGAUGAUAUUGAACAUCUCAAACAAAUUAGGUACAAUAUCAUGUCAGAAAUAAUGCAAUCAACGACUAUAAAUAAUAUAAAAAAAGCUAAGGGAUUGAAAAUAGAGAGAGAAAGUGCACCUAAGGGUCUGUCGAAAGGUGAAUUAUUAAAAGCUCGAAAUUUAAAGAGAUAUAUUAACCAGUUGACAGUAGCUAAACAACAGUGUGAGAAGAGAAUCCAGUCUCUUGGUGGUCCAGAUUAUAAAUCAUAUAAUGAUCCACGUGAUGAAUUACUUGACCAAUCACUACCUGGACAAACGGUUCUCUCGUUUAAUGUUAUAAUGGAUAUAACCAAGGCUAGAGAAUGUUUUAUGAAAUAUUUGAAGAAAGAUGGAUGUGAAUCGUUACUAGGGUUUUGGAAUGCUGUUGAAGAUCUGAGAAGUUCCAACAAGCAACAACGUCACCAGCUAGCCAGUGAACUUUACCAACAAUAUAUUGCUUCAACAUCAACAGCUGUGAAAUUAGAUAAAACUAUUAUUAAAAAUAUGGAACUUUUUCUACGCGGGGAUAAGGGACCUGAAGCGUUCUAUGAUGGUCAGAAACAGAUAAAUACACUAUUAGAGGAGAAAUAUUAUCCUUCAUUUAUAGUCAGUGACAAGUAUCAUCAAUAUAUAUCAUACCUACAAGAUAGAGAUAUUAUAAUAGACGAAUCGUCUAAAGAUAACAAUGAUAUAUUUGAUGAUGAUGAUAUUGAUGAGACUUCAACUAAUUUUAUUGAUCAAUCGUAUCAUGCUAAACAAACUCUGGAUUUACUCGAUGAAAAGAUUGUCAAUAAAUCACAGGCUUUACAAGCUUUCAAAACAUCGCAAAAACCAGAUGAAAAGAUGAAAAAGGUUGAAAAGGACAUGGAAACAGACUUAACACAACUAAAGUUAGAAAGACGUCAGUUAGAAUCACAUAUAGCUAGAACCGAGAAAUGGGUAGAAUAUCAGGGUCAUUGGAAGGCAAAUGUACAGAGUGCCCAGGUUGAGGUUGAAAAUCAGGGAGAUCGUUCUACACCAUAUUUCGUUCUUGUUGUUCAUCUGUCUGGUCAUGAUCAAGGUGAAGGUCAUGGGUUAAGAGACAGUGUACAAGGUUGGGUCGUAUCGAGAACUUUAGAAGAGUUUCAGACUUUACAUCAAAAACUUGUACAGAUAGGACCUUGGUUAAGAAAGAAAGAAAUACCUACUACUAGUAUGAAUCCAUUCCGAUCAUCAGUAGACACAGCUUUCCUUGAUAAAGCUAAAACACAGUUAGAUGAAUAUUUAGUGGCUGUAAUGAAAGAUGAAAGAAUGAACCAGAGUGAAGCCCUUUAUUCAUUUUUAACACCCACACCUGAAUAUCUUCAACAACCUGUUAUAGAGAAAAAAAAUAAAUUCUCUGGUUUUGUUAAUUUGAUGAAAAGCCUCCCUAAACGAUCAGAGUCUAAAUCAUCAAGUACCAGUGAUGACGAUUUUCUCUUUCUUGGUGAUGACAGGUAUUUCUCCUAGAUUUCAUUUCUCCAUCUUGACCUUCCACUAUUUACCUACCCUUGAUAGGGAUUGAGCUAUAAGUGUCUUAGUACUGGAUGAUUGAGACUGAAUACCACAUCAACAGUUUAAUAACAGUCUAAUUGAACAUAUAUCGAGACACAUUCCCAUGAAAGUAUUUAUAAGGUAGUUAUUUCCAAUAUGGGGGUUGGGUGGCCGAAUGGUUAACGCAUGCGCGUUGCAUCAUAAGGUCUGUCAUUGAGUCGAGCGGCAUGGUUUCAAUUCCCCACUUGAACGUGACAAGGAGUAGGGUCGCCUGACCAACCUUGUGGAUUUUCUCUGGGUCCUCUGGUUUCCUCCCACUGCUGAAGACCCCUAUGCGCAAACAAAUUAAUGAACCAUAUGUUAGUCCCAAAAUGUCCUAGUUUGUGUCAAGUGGAUGUUAAACCCCAUUGCUCUCUCUAUUUCCAAUACAAGCAUGGAAUUUUUGGUAUAUAUUGAAAGUAGAGACACUCAAUCUUACUAGAAAAAUACUGGAUUGCCUGAAAAACCCACAUGGGGUGUGCACAGGAAAAAAAUGUAAGGGUGUCCUUAAGUAGCAGCAUUUCUCCUCGAGUGACGUAAGGAGCGCUUCUCAAGUGUUGAUUUAAUGGCCAACUGGAAAAGUUCACUAGACUCUGCAGUCUUCGAUAUUUAUGUUAAAUAGACAACAACUAACGAUAAAUACAAGCUAAUAAUGGAUUCUCCCUCAAUCAAGUCACAUGACAGACAAGGCUUCUUAAAGUUACAAUUUCAUAUUUUUAAGUUAUAUUUUUAAAAUGUAUUAAAAUAAAGCCCUAAAAUAGAUGGUAACUAUAAACAGUCCUACCUUGUUAAAGAAUAAUCCUAUUAAUCCUAUAAUUCACUAUUGCCAGUUGAAAAAAUCGGCAAAAAUAUCAUUUUCAACUUCAAAUUCAAACGUUUGAAGAUAGCUAUUCCAUGGUGGGGAAUAGGAAAACAAGGGAGGUAAUUGUGUUAUUAUUUCCAAUGUGACGAUUUUUAAGUGUGAGAAAGAUAACCUAUGAUCGUAUAAUAGUGAGUUGACAACCUAUUGAGCAAAAGACAUGGAAAUAAUUAUGUUUUGACUUUCUUAGAAAAUAUGAAAUUGUAACUUUAAAGUAGAUGGGUACUUUUCUUGCAAUUAAAAUGUUUUGAGAGUGAUAUGAAGCAAUAAUUAAUGUAAAACAUUCACAUACCCAGGUCAUUUGAGAAAAAUAUGUAGAUGAAUGUUGACAGUGGUAAGGGUUAGAUCUUUACUUAGUUUGACCCUGAUCCAAUUAUACGACAAUUAUAGUCCAAUCCUUAUCAAUGACAUCCUCUGUAUUCCCAGUGGUCUCAUUCCGUUCUACUCCGCUAUACCCUGGGUUCAUUCAUGGGGUAUUCACGUAUUCAAAUUAUCAGCCCUUGAUCGUAGCUUGAUUCUACGAACCAAUCAAAACACAGUUUACAAACCAGUCUUGACUUCAUUGCUUACGUUCACAACAAUAUGGUUGCUUGUUCGCUCGAUUAUGAGAAAGUUUGCAAUUUAAUAUAGAAGAAGUGACAUGCUCACAAAAAGAUGUCCUAAAGAUGUUUUUAUGUCAGGUUUCUUUUUAUGUAUUUAACAAUUUUUUUGAUUGGUCAAUAGAAAUAGUACAGUCAUCAAGGGCAGAUAACUUGAAUACAUGUCUUCCCCCAUGGAUGAACCCAGGGGUUAGUGGAGUGGAAUGGAAUAAGGCCACUGGGGACACUAAGGUUAUAUAAAUGAUAGUCAGUCAAACAAGGAGAAGGCCAAGAUGAUAUUCCCAGGCAGCCAUUAUUUAAUUUGUUGUUUAAUUUAUUAUUCAGUGGCAGCCAUUACUUAAUUUGUUGAUUUAUUUUAAUGCUUUUACUAGAAAUAGUUUUUUAUGUUCAACAAACCAUGUCAUAUAAAAAAAAGUGUGUGUGAAAUAGGUCUAUUUAAGAUCUGCUCCCACUGAAUGGGUGAUACAGGAGCAAAUUGCCACAAAGGUUUGAGUAUUUGAUUUGUCUGGUUCCUAUUUCUUAUGAUACUUUAUAUUCCAGUCUGCCUUAUUUUACUUUAUUUAUUUCUGCAUUCCUACUUGUAUUAUAGAACAUUUAUUCCUAGAAAACAAGAAAUCUGAGGUUGAUUUAAAUUUCUCUUUUGUGGCUACAUCUAUACCGAUGUAUGUUUUAUAAAUAUCUUGCCUAAGACUGGCUGAAGCCAGUCAAUCUUGGCAUGUGAACACUCGGUGACUGCUAGCUGACAGAAUGGUGUAUCAAAUGAUCUCCAUGGAAGUUCAUAUACCGUAUGGCAGUUAGUAUAUCUUGUUAUAAGAUGUACAUAAUAAAGUUUUUAUUCCAACUUUUAUCUAAGGCUAGAAAAGAGAGAUAUAAAUAAAACAGGGUUUCAAUACACUUCAAUUCACCACCAAUGCUGUCAAACUGUUUAAUUGCCUUUCUAUCUUUCUGCUUUCCCUUUUUUACUCCCUAAGUUUUUUAUUUUAUAUCUAUAUUUUUACCUUAUAUAUUACUGAUUCAAUCUUCUCUUCAUUUUGUUUAACUAUUCUUUUUAAUAUACCAUAAUCUUUAAAGCUUUUCGCUAUGUUUUGUUCAGCGAAAUUUUUAAUUUUUGGUUUAUCUCAGUCCAGUUGUUAAUAGAUAUAAAAUAAUGACUCAAUAACUAUUCUGUAUGUUUGUUUAUCCAGCAAUAAAGAUGACAUCAGUCGGGAUUCUAUCGCCAAACCUCUCUACAGAUUUAUGAAUGAAGUUUUUGAGUUACGUGGAAUGUUUAAGUGGCUUCGUAAAAGUUUUAUAACUUUUGUUGAAGUAACUUUUGGU